ACCCCCAUGUACUUCUUCCUCCUCAACCUCUCUUUUCUUGAUCUGGGCUGCAUCUCCACCACUCUCCCUAAAGCCAUGGCCAGUUCCCUCUGGAACAACAGGGCCAUGUCCUAUGAUGGAUGUGCUGCCCAGACACUGCUCUUCGUCCUCUUGCUCAUCAUCUACACUGCGACUGUCUUUGGGAACAUCCUCAUCGUUGUGCUGGUGAUGGCAGAACAGCACCUGCACACCCCCAUGUACUUCUUCCUGGGCAAUCUCUCCUGCUUGGAGACCUGCUACAGCUCCACUAUCCUGCCCUGGCUGCUGGCCAGCUUCCUGACUGGGGACAAGACCAUCUCUGCUCCCGGCUGCAUGGCUCAGUUCCACUUCUUUUCUAGUUUUGCUGGUACUGAGUGUUACCUGCUGGCGGCCAUGUCCUAUGAUCGGUACUUGGCCAUAGGCCAGCCUCUGCUCUACGCAAGCCUCAUGACCUGGAGGGUGAGUCUCCAGUUGGCAGCUGGGUCGUGGCUGGGGGGACUGCUGCUAUUUGCAGCACUCACCUUCCUCUUAUCUCAGUUGCAGUUCUGUGGCCCCAAGGCAAUUGACCACUUCUUCUGUGAUUUUAGUCCAUUGCUGGAGCUCUCCUGCAGUGACACCAGGGUGCUUACACAGGUCGCUUUAACCUUUGGCUUCUCGCAUGUGGUAUUCCCUUUUCUGUUCACGCUGGCCUCCUACGUGUGCAUCACAGCUGCCAUCCUGAGAAUCCCGUCCCUCACAGGCAGGCAAAAAGCCUUCUCCACUUGCUUCUCUCACCUUACUGUCGUCACUGUCUUCUAUGGCACUCUCAUCACUGUCUACAUGCUGCCCAGAACAGCCCCCCUGAGGCAGCUCAACAAAGCCUUCUCCUUUUUCUACACCAUCCUCACGCCCCUGGUCAACCCCCUCAUCUACAGCUUGAGGAACAGGGAGGUCAGGGAGGCCCUCUGGAAGGUGCUCAGGAAAGCCAAGGCCUGCUCCUGGUAG